CGCGCCGCUGCCGGGAGCACCGAAGGCAAGGCCGCAGCACAGUAGCUCGUGUUGUUUGUGGCUGCCCGUCGAGCACGUGGCACUGUGGCAGCAGGUGUGUGAGUGAUGUGUCGUGGGUGGUGGUGAGUGUUGUGGCGUGUCUGGACAGCAAAUGGGUGUCACUCAAGGCAGCCACGGUUGUGUUCUGCACCUCCACAUGUACAGAGAAAUUCAAGAUGUCGCAUGGGAGUGGCGUCGGCAGCAGCACCAACAGCAGCAGUAACAUCGGCAGCACGGGCAAGCUACGGCAGUUUGUGUGCAUUGAGUACCCCGGGCUGGUGCAGAAUGUGGACAAUAUGGUCAGCACACUGGGAGGGAUAGAGAAGAUAUCGCAGGUUUACUGUGAGGACAACCGGAGGAUGGAGCUUCGUUUCCGGCCCAGCGACGUGUACUGCAAGCCGACCUGUGGAGAACGGCACAACUCCACGGCGCUGCUGCUGAGGGUGGUGCGGCGGCGGAAAAAGACGACGACGAGGAAGAAGAGCGAAGAGAAUGCAGACCAAGAAGCCUCCAACACCCAGAAUGCCUUAACUCAGAGUCCUGCCAGCCUGGAGAACUCCUACUCUGCCUCCCCACUCAGGACAGAGCUGGUGGGGGUUGUACACACCACUUACAAGUUUAACAGUUUGUGUGACUUCCAGUACCUGCCUCUUGUGCCGAGCGAGGAUGGGCAGCAGCAGGUGUGUGUGUACGACCAGCUGGUGCCUCAGGGAAUGGAGCGUGCUGAUUGGCUCAACCAGGCGGCACCGCUCUAUCUCCCCCCGGCAGCCUUCACCCGCAUGGACACCCCACAGGAUUACCGCUACAGGAGGGAGAAAAAUGACGACGGCAGGACCAAGGUUCCCCAAAACAUCAUUGGACGGACACGGCAGAGGAGAACGCACUUUGCCAUCUUUCAUUCCUUCAAGGAUGAUGAGGUGCCCAAGGAGCCGCUGCCCGGGGCCUUGUCACAGGUGCGCAUCAAGUUCCUGGACAACCGCUCCUACCAGGGUGUGAAGGGUGAGUUUGAGAAGCGGCCCAUCUGGUCCAAGAAUGCACUCAGGGUCAGGCUGGACUACAAGAAGGACAAACUUAAGUACCUGCUGCCCACUGUGUCAUAUUACUUCCACACUGGGCCGUGGAGGAACCUGUGGGUGCGGCUUGGCUAUGACCCACGCAAGGACCCCAAGGCCUGGAUCUACCAAACCUUUGACUUCCGUAUCCGUCAGGCAGGAGGCGUAAAGACCCAAGUGGAGGCCAAGAGGAGCUACUCCAACUAUGUGCUGCCAUACAAGAGUGCCAACGCUUCCAGGAGAAAAACGUCGGUGAUCCAGUCUCUGCACCUUGGGGAGGCCGGCGAUGAUGGUGGCGAGGAGUGUUCUGAAGCUGACAAGAACUUGGAUGAACUGUACAUCUUCCGGCCAGGCAUGGUUCCUCCCUACAGGCAAAUGUUUUAUCAGUACUGUGACAUCCAGGUGCCAGAGAUUCAGAAGUUACUGGAGGAGGCCAUCCUGACAGGUGCCAACAAGGUGUGCUCGGAGAAGUACGGGUGGCUGCCGGGGGGUGUUGAGGCCACCUGCCGGGACCUCAUGUCAAGACUCAUUGAGAAGACCUUGGCAGAGAGAACAGCUGCCCAGGGGGAGGGACUGGAAGCGGAGGACCUGGAGCUGCAGUCAAACUCCGAGAGUGACUCACCCACUGAAGGGAACUCUACUGAGGAUGAGCAGGGGGAGUGAGACGCUUGCCACGGCCUCUCCCUGUAGAGUACAUUGACCAGUUCAUGCACACCAAAUUAGUCUUAGCCUGUCUAACCCCAUAAGAAGAUAAGGAAAACAAGUACCUGGGAUUAUUGAGCCAAGGUAUGAAGAUGUACUGUCAAAGGAAAAUGCUUUUUGGAAAUUCCUAUUUUGACUUAUUUUACUAUGGCUCAUUUUUUUUCAUCAAUGAUAUGGGUGCUAAUUAGAACAGUGUGUAUCAGCUAGUUAACAUACCCUUGCAGGAUAAGGACUGUGUGUGCGUGUCCUUUCACUUUGCCUCACUUAGGAAGGCUUGUCUGCGAGCAAUCUGAAAAUGAUGUAUUUAUUAAGGUUUUAGUCACCCUUCCCAUUUCUUGUCAUUUUUAUAUUUGAUAAAAGACAUAUUACUAUGUAAAUAGAUAUAAUUAAAUAUAAAUUUACUUGAAUAA